CUGGCAAAAGCUCAUAAAGUCUUGUCCAGCGAUCGGCACCGAAUACCUUCGGGUAAUAGAUUUUUACCCUUGGAUGCCCGGAGAUUACCCUCUCUUUUCCCGGUCUCGGGCCACUGCCCAAGGUGGAGGUUCUGAAAUGGAUGGGCAAUCUAGGUCACCGGAUACGCGUCAAUCAGCAACUCGCACGAUCUUCAUUCUUAACUUCGAUAUUGGAGGUAAAGGACUUGACGCUCACGGCGUGCGUUGCUUCACGGAGGGAACUCACCAAAUUCAUCUCGUUCUUCAAGGGAUUAAAGAGUCUGCGUAUCGAGGAGUGCCAGUAUAGGGACUGGGCCAUCCCUGAUGACCUUACCUACGAUGCCUCGGGACUGGAGACACUGCAUAUCGGAUGGUCGAGGUUUCACGACUACGACGACCUCAUCGAAUGGCUAUUCCCGCGACCUCUGUCCCGCAAUUUACUCGAACUGGACCAGCCAUUCGUUGCGAAACCCUUACCGCAUCUCCGGCACAUUGGCUUCGUAACGAUCAGCGAGACACUUGAUGGAGAUGGGACUUGGCCAUCGCUCGAAUUCGUGCGCAAGUUCGUUGCUCACAUGCCAGUAACCCCUACCGUUGGGGCUUUCAAAGUCGGUUUCUACAUGGGGGGCAACGGUUACUCGGUCGAUGCUCUUUUCGAGGACGUCGAUUGGGAGGAGCUUGUGAAGGGACAUAUAAAUAGGGCGUUCCCGGCUUUGCGAGAGGUAUCCUUCCUUGUCACCAUUGAGAUGGACCUCGGGGACCCGGAGGAUCGCGAGCGGUACGAAGACUCGUUUAAGUCACGGCUAUCAGAGCUAGCGAAGGAGACGAAGGUCAUUUGGGACGACGCUUCCUCCCGACGGCCACCGCCAUCCAACAAGAAACCCGAUCCAGAGAGACUGGCGAAAUUUGUCAGGAUGUGGAACGACGUAAACGGCGACACAUUGCCCUUCACGCCCCCGGAGGACUGA